AUGAAACCGUCUCCCCUGAAAGAAACAACGCACGAUGAAAACUCUAUCGACUCCAAUUUAAACCUUCGUGAUGCCAAAUCUCAACGCAUAAUCGAAAAUGCCUGCAAAUCAUUUCUCAAGAGCAUGUCCGAAAACGCAACUUCGGGAAAUCCCCCGUCCACGGAUAAAAACGAAACACCUCCAAAGUCGACGCAGGUUCAGCUUUUCAAUGUUGCUUCGAAAAGCGAUCUACUGUUAGUUGAUGGAAAAGUAACCGAGAUUCUUGACUUUUUGAAGUCCCUUACCGCCAAAGUCGACGAUUUGACUACUUAUGUCAAAAAGAGAGACGACUUGUGUAUUUGCAAAUCAACGAUUCUAGGAGAAAGCCCGGAUGAAGUAAGAAACCCAAAUGAGCCUGCCAGCAGCUCCUUUUCGAAAACAACACUUCCAACAAAACCGGUCGGACAAAAACUUAUUCACGACACUCUGGAUAAUCUCACAGACACUGAUUUUCCAGACGUGCUUCAGGAACUGAUCAACAAGAGUGGCGGUGUUUCGGGCAUGAAAGACAAAGGAAAUAUCGACAAGAUCAACACCGAUGCGUUUUCCGACGAAGUGAUGCAGCAGUAUUUGCAGUUCAAAGCAGACGUAGCAGGAGAUGCGAUGAUUCGGCAAACAGGCAAUGCGAAGAAACACUUUCUACGUCAAGAAAAUCUCGCUAGAAAGCAGAAUUUUCCAAAGCCAAGGAAACCGACCCCCUCUAAAGCGAAACAAGUAGCAAAUAAGCAUGUUCCAACGAUAGAUCUAUCAUCCGAACCGGAUAAAACGAUAGAUCUCACCCUAGAAGACGUUGCUCCAAUUAAUGCAUUGGUGGAAAAGACAGCCGAAGCAACGCCAAGCUCUGCCAAACGAGAUUCAGGGGCGACUUCUUCCGCUGAAAAUAUUGAGGUCUUCCCAGGUCAGCCAGCGAUCGUUUCCCAGGAAGUACCUCUGACCGUUACUCAGCCGACCUCUGAACCAGCUGUCAUUGUCCAGUCGACCACACUGCCAGCAAAAUGCCUUGAAAAUAUGAAUUUGAAGGAGGUGCAAAAGGCUCUCCUUCCUGAAAACUUCGAGUUGACAUUCAAACCGCGUGGACCUCGCAAUGUUCGAAUUCCGACGAAGAAAGAAGGAGAGGAUCCAAAAGAAGAUGCAGUGAUGCAUUUCAUGUCUAAUUUGGAUGGCCUCAAGGUCAAGAAGUGUUUCUUAAGCCGAAAUGGACAUCUGGAUAAGGAAAAAGUGCACACUUGUGAACCCCGACCGAUUCCCUCAAAACCUUCCAAGCUUGAAGGUUUGAAAAUGAAGGUAGACCCUGGAUCCAUGUUCCUAGAGUCCAGAAAGCGUAAGAGUACUCAGCCACAGAAGAGUACUCAGCCACAUAAGAGAACUCAACCACAGAAGAGCUCUCAGCCACAGAAGAGUUCUCAGCCACGUAAAAGUUCUCAGCCAGUGAAACCCCCGGCGAAAUCUGCUUCAAAACGCAAAGCCCCGAAAAAAACUGCUCCGAAACCUCCUGUUGAGAAUAUUCCGAGCUGCGUCCCGAUUGCUAACCCGCCACCUGAAGAACUAUUUCAACAACCAACGACUACCGCCCAACCUUCUAUUGAUGAGCCUGUGAAACAGCAGGAGUAUAAAUUCGUUUACGAUCCCAGACCGACAACAACCGAUGCUGAUGAAUGGAAUACAGAGAACGGCGACUUUCUCACAUUCAUUGACUCUGGCGAUCCACUUUCUGAUCCAAUAAAAAGAGUCGUCUCGCAAGGAGAAGGAUUGAAUCUUCCGUUCAAACUUCGUCGAAAAUUCCCAUAUGUCAAAUAUCCGAUUUUAAAUCCGUCGAGAAAAACUCAUCCACGAAUUCUUCGGCCUCGGCCUACUCCGGGAAAUCGACUGAAAGACCUGUCUAAAAGAAUGUUGCCCGACGACCAAGUCAUUGAUGAUCAAGAUGUUCUGAUUUUGGAAAGAAAAGCUGAUGGGUCUUUCAAAGUCACUUCUAAAAAGUCUAUGAGUUCGGCUGAGGCGCACAACAACUUGCCUUCCCAACAGAAUGAUUGCAAGCCUUAUGAGUACCGUCCACUGCCACUUGAGAGCAAUGAGCCACCAGAGGAGAUAAAUUUGCUCGAUAUUUACUCAGCAGAUGCUAUAGCGCCGCCGAUCGAGUACGUUUUCGAACAAGACUUUCCACUGCCUCCUCCCCCGACAACACCUCCACGAAACGUCAUUCCCGAUGAAUUGAUGGGUGCACCAAGUGAAUCUAAUCCUGCUCCUCUCAAUCUUGACUUUUUGAAAAAUCUGAAAACACCAAGUAAAACGAUUGACUUCUUCAAUGGUAGAGAUCCCAACACUUCUCCAAUCCCUACUCAAAAUAACUCUGAGGAAGUACCGAAAAAGUCAAAUGACGAUCCGAUUCCAGACCCUGGGCAAGACAAAACUCUGCUGACGCCGCCGCAUUCUAGCUCGGAAAACGCAUCAACAAAGGAUGGUAUAACUGCGAGUGAGAGUUCCACGGUUGUUCAAACACCCUCAGAAGAAAGACUCGGAGUUGCACUAAAAUCUAUGGCCGGUGACUUUGAUAAUUUCGACAUUCCGGUUGUUGGAGUUCGUCAGCUGAAAGAGAGUAAAACCACUUCUGAUAAUACGCCGAUCUCAAAAGAAGUGAUUCCGCAAGAACAACGUCUUAUCGUAACUGAAAGUGUUGAAAACGAGCGAAAAGGUGAUGACGCUGGCGAGAAUUCCAAAUGUCAACCACAAGAAGAGAAGGCUACCGAAGAAAUAACAUCGUCAGACAAGGCAAAAUCAUCUGUCAGUGAGCCUUUGCGGCCAAUUGAAGAGAAUCAUAGUCAGGAGAAGGCGACAAAGCCAGCUGGAGAAAUUCUUGAAAAACCGUCUGUAGCGCCGGAGCGUUCGCCUAACUCAAUGAAUGAGAAUUCUUCCGAUGAUAAAGUCGAGAAGCAGCCAGAAGAUCGUGAAAAAGAUCUGCAAAAGUCUACAGAAACCAACUCGACCGAGAACUUUUCUCAGCUUUUCUCCGGUGUUAACUCUUCAACCGAAAUGCAGAACAUUGAAGAUGCGGCUAUCGGCCUUCUUAUGUGUCAGAAAAUGUCCUCAAUGAAGGAGUGUAUCAAAGGCAAUGAAAACAGUCUAGAAGGAUCCGACAGACAAUCUCUAGAACACAAAAAGGAGCAACAAACAGAGGAUCCACGAGCUGCUGCUACUCUCGACAGUUGCGAUAAAACCCUCGUCGGAACAAACGGAAUAUUGGCUAAACCUGCUGAAAAAAUUGACGCUAUGUCUUCGUCGGAAAAUAGCGUUCCAAAUAGCGAUGCUCGUUCGAACAUUUCCCAAAGUACUGAUUGCAAGGAACGCCCCGUCUUUCUUCCUGCAGAAGAAACGACUGAGAAGGCAGCUAUUGAAACUGUUAUCUCUGAAUCGCAGCCUAGGGAUUCAUCUGAGAAGGCAACCGAUAUUUCUCCGGAAGAAAGUGUUGCUUCCUUACAGGAAACGGCGACGGCACCAACCGAAGAAAAAACAAAGAAACUUCCGGUUUCUCCGGACAAACCUCAAGACAAUACGAUGGACAUGUCCGCUCUCGUUAGCCCAGCAACUUUGGAAUAUCUUUGGUCCAACAGUGUCAUCGACACUCCGCUCCUUCAAGAACUCGCUGCGUCUAAAGGCACCCAAGAAGAAACACCCAAGUGUGGAGAAGCAGAUACAUCCCAUGACGCGCAAAACGCUAGAGUUGAAGCUGUAAGAGUAAACCUUUUCAACAACGAACAGGGGACAAACGAAGCAGAUGUGAGCCAGGCUACGAAGCCAACGGAUAACUCCAGCAACCAAAGCUCAGUUGAAUCCGCAUUUGCUUCAACACAUUUACUCAAGCAUCAAAUUAAUGCGGGAAAAGACGAUACGAGCAGAGCCACAGGAUCCGAUAAAGCGGAAACCAUCUUGUUAAAUAUCCCAAAAGAAGCCCAAGAAUGUAGAUCUUCUGGUGUUCCUGAGGAAGAUCGUUGCAAUGAAGCGCAAUUAGAAAACAAGGAGACUGAAGCUGCUCAAAGCUCCCUUCUCCCAAAAAUAGAGGCUGCAACUCAAGAUAGCGAAAGCUGCAACACGGAUAGUCCUGUGCCUCCGAUUUUUCCACAGGUCCAAGAAGAACCACUUGACUUGACAGUUGAUAAAUCAUCGAACAGUCCAGUAGCUGCUAAUGAAUCUGUCAUUGAACAGGAAGGUAUUAUUAUGCCAACAAACAUGCUUCAUGAUGAUGCGAUGAAAUUGAACUAUGGAUACGAUUCCGUGAGAGAUGAGCGAACCGUUGGCCAUAGUCAGAACUUUUUCGAUGAAUACUCUGGUCUCGACGAGCCUCCACCCGGCAACUUUUGUGCACCUCCUUCUUCCACAUAUUUGACCCCUCUCUGGCCACGAGUUCAUCGUCAGAACAGGAAUGAAGCUUCGUGGACCACAGUUCCAAACGAAGUACCAUCAAAUAUUCCGGAACAAUCGGCAGCUGUUGACCACCGGCAAAUGGCUGGCCCCUCGGUUUCUAAAGUAGCCGAACCAGAGGUGACUGGUUAUGACACACCCAAAAGCUCAGAGGAUCUUAUCGUAGAUGGAACACGAAGUCAAAACGAACACCUGUUUACACGUCCAGCAGGCAGAAGAAACGAUAUCGAUGGGAAUAAGCAAGCCAAACUGAAGCGUAGAAAGCCGAAGAAGCUGCGGAAAAAUAAGAAAAAGUUCAAAAAGGGAUCGCAUCAAUCAGAUGACGAAGAUCUUGAUCAGACAGCAGAUUCAUCCUUCGAUUCAUCUAUGGAUUCCUCGUUCGACACUUCAAUGGACUCUUCUUUGGAGGAAGAAAAUGAUCACGACGAUGCUCAGCCGAAAAAUCUGAGCACUAUAAUGGAAGAGAGCGUUCGUGACGAUGAAAGAGAUGGGCCGGUGCCUCUCAAAAACGCAGAAGAUCAGGUUCCGGCGUCUCUGGGCUUAACAUUAAGUCAAUCAAGUGUUUCGUCGACUGAAAACGCACUUUCGCCUCCACGUGAUCAGUCGAAAUUUACUGUUAUAUACGAAGCGCCACUAGAAGAGAAUCAAGAUCCGUCCGACUCGGAUUCCUCAAUCAAUUCCUCUUCUGACGAGGAGUUAGAAGUUGGAAAUGAAUCAGGUCGAAGUUCAUGUGUAGAAGCCUGCAUCAAAAACAAAGCCCAGCCAUCAGAAAUGAUGAAUUCACUUGUAGCGCCAAGUCUCGACGUUUUGUUGGAACGUGGAGCAUCUUAUUCAAGUCUUAUCGAUACCGUCUCAGGUGAAGAAAGUCAGGAUGAGGCGAAAAACCCGGAUUUAUCAACCUCUUUCGAUGCAGAUGGAGAAGAGUCGGAAAUUUAUGUGUCUUCCAGCUCUGACGAAGAGAGCGAUGAUGAUGUUUACUCGUCUGCAGAGUUGGAAAAGAAAAAUCCAGCUGCGCAGACGACUAUCAAAGUCCGUACUAUCUCGACGGAGUCAAGUCCAAAGGAACUUGGUACUUCUUCUGACCUUAAACCAUCAAUGGAUGACGUUUCCUUGAAAAGUCGGGAAAACGUCAGGAAAAAUUUGGCAAAGCUUCAAGAAAUGGAUGAUACAGAUGUAUUUUUCAACACCGGCACUAGUGGCUCUCAAAUGUUGCCUUUUGAUCAGCUUGAUACGAAAGAAAGAAUCAAGUUUCUCGAUAAAAAAGAUAGUUUGGAAACCGAUAAUGGGCGAAAAAGAAAGCAUCCAUCGAGUUCUGAUGAUACUGGAAGCAGCGUUCAUGAAGAAUACUGCUUGAUUUCGGAUGUAAAGCGAAGACGAGAAGAGCUUGCGCAUCAAAUUCAAAUCGAGUUUUCGACAAUGGAAGAGGAGCUCGCGGCGAAUGAGUCGGAUUCAGGUUCUGAUCCUCCUGGCUGGGAUUCUACACUUGACGAAGAAUCUUUACCUGAAGAUUCGAAGGCUGUUCCACCAAAGGACGAUUCGGGAAAAGGCUCUAAUUCGGCGGAGAAUCCGUCGGAGAUGAAAAUGAACGCCGAAGAACGUCCUGUCGACGACGAAAUCGAGUCACGAAUAGGAUUCGACUGUGACCUCGAAAACCGACGCGAGAAAAUGUCUCCUGAAGAAAAGAAGGCAUUCGAUGCUAUGAUCAUCGAGGUUGGCUUAGAUCUCUCGAUGGACUCCACGAUGGAAGGGGAUAUUCCUUCUGAUACGAACAAAGUGAUUGAAUCUUCCACGAUCUCAAAGGAACCGGCGACUAAGGAAAAAUCAAACCCGGCUUCGCCAGACAAACCUGAAGAAACUACGAUGCCAUCGUCGAUGGACACCUCCGCUCUCAUUAUCCUGAGCCUGUUGAGACGGAAGAAGGUGAAAUACCUGAAAGUCCAUGCAAACCUGCUUCUACCGAGCGAAAGAAAAGUCGUGAAGCGAGCCCUGAGCGACGCCGUCGUCGGGAUUCUCGUGAGAGAUCUCCCAGAUCAAAACGACCUGGCAACCGUGAUGGAAGAAACCAAGAGAAACAAAGAAAGCGUGAAAGCCCGCGCCGUCAUGAGAGGAAGCGACGAGAUAGUGAUAGAAAGCACUCCACGGGGUCCAGCCGACGAAGCUCUCCUCAGAGAAAUCCAAAGAAGCCUUAAAAAUUCUGUUCAUCGAAAUUCCUCUUUAGUUUCGCAACUAUUUGUAAGAAAGCAAAAUAUUUUUACUAUUGACACAUAA